CUCGGGGUGGAGGGUGUGGGCGCACGGAGGGGGGGCUGAAGGGGCGCGCCGCCCGGGUCCUCCGCGCGCUCGCACCGCGUCCCCCCGGCGCGGGCUCGGCUCUGUGCUCUCGGGGUUGGCGGCCCCCGAGCGCGGGGCUCCGCGGAGCCGGGGACGGCGUCGGGCCCCCGCGGCGAGCUUUCCGCGAGCGAGGCUGUGUGUGUGUGUGUGUGUGUGUGUGUGUGUCUCGGGCGCGCCCCGAGCGGGGAGGUGCCUGGGAGCGCCCGCGCGCCGCAGGGCGGGGAGGGCCGCCUCUGCCCGCGCCCCGGGAGAAGGGCGGCGCGGCGGUCCCCCCUCCCCCCGUGGGGCUCCGGGACCCCGGACUCUGGAACGUCGGAGACGGAAGGGGCAUCCCUGCCACCCCCCGCCCUCCCCCUUCCCACAGGUUGGCCGAAUGGACGCUGCAAAGAGGAAAUCCAGUUAUCAAAAUGACUCCAGAAAAGAGAACCUAACAUCCAUAACAAUGGGAAAUACUGAAAACGUUACCAAAAAGCUACCAUUCCUCAAAACACCAGGCCCAGAUGGUGUCACAGGUUAAAAAAAAUCCUUCAUGAAGACGACAGAUCUUAAGCCACAUGAUGGAUUCAGAAGCUCAUAAAAAGAGGUCGCCAAUCAUAACAUCUUCAAAACAAGAUAUAUCACCUCAUAUUACAGAUGUUGGUGAAAGGAAACAUUAUUUGUGUGGCUGCUGUGCAGCUUUCAGCAACGUAGCGAUCACAUUUCCCAUUCAGAAGGUCCUCUUUCGGCAACAGCUGUAUGGAAUCAAAACCAGGGAUGCAGUGCUUCAGUUGAGGAGGGAUGGAUUUCGAAACUUGUAUCGCGGAAUUCUUCCCCCAUUAGUGCAGAAGACAACCACACUGGCACUUAUGUUUGGUCUGUAUGAGGAUUUAUCUUGCCUUCUCCGUAAGCAUGUCAGUACCCCAGAUUUUGCAACCCGUAGCAUGGCAGCAAUACUUGCAGGGACAACAGAAGCAAUUUUCACUCCAUUGGAAAGAGUUCAGACACUGCUUCAAGACCACAAGCAUCAUGAUAAAUUUACAAACACUUACCAGGCUUUCAAGGCACUGAAAUGCCAUGGAAUUGGAGAGUAUUAUCGAGGCUUGAUACCUGUUCUUUUCCGUAAUGGGUUCAGCAAUGUCCUGUUUUUUGGCCUUCGGGGUCCCAUUAAGGAGCACCUGCCUACCGCAACAACGUACAGUGCUCAUUUGGUCAAUGAUUUUAUCUGUGGAGGUUUAUUGGGUGCCAUGUUGGGAAUCUUGUUUUUUCCAAUUAAUGUUGUAAAAACUCGCAUGCAGUCUCAGAUUGGUGGGGAAUUUCAGUCUUUUCCCCAGGUUUUCAAAAUAAUCUGGUUAGAACGAGACAGGAAACUGACAAAUCUUUUCAGAGGUGCCCAUCUAAAUUACCACCGGUCCCUCAUCUCUUGGGGAAUAAUCAAUGCAACUUAUGAAUUCCUGUUAAAAAUUACAUGAAAGAAAUAAUUAAGUGCCAUUUACCAACUGACUAGACCUUUAAAGAAGAAUGUAGUUUGGCCUCAUUCCUAAUUGGCCAAUAUAAGUUGGUGUCGUAAGUUCAGGGCACAAUGAAUUAUGGCAAAGCUAUUUUCCUUAAGCACCAACAAAUGCAGAAUAAAAGGUUUCAAUAGAAAAAUUUAAGGGUUUUUGGGUGUGUGUUUUUUUUUAUAAUUUUUUUAUUGAUUUAAGAGAGAGAAAGGGGGAGAGAAACAUCAGUGGUGAGUAUGAGCCAUUGGUUGGCUGCCUCCGAAUAUCCGCUACUGGGGAUGGAGCCCGCAGCCUGGGCUUGGGCUGACCGGGUAUCGAUGCUUCACCGCUAAACCACACCGGCCGGGCUGUUUUGUUCUAAUUAUUACCUGAGAACUUUGGGCUAGUUGCUUGGUUAAUAGCUGUCUGUCUAUGGAUGGCUUUUGCUGAGGAAACUAAUAGCCAAGAUGGUCUUUUCCCCCAAAUCUUUAAACCCGUACUAAAACAAGUGGCCAUGACCAGCCAGAGAAAAGGCUCUUAGGGCCCCUUGAAUUCUCAGGCUUACUUUUAUUACUCCAUUUCUUGCUUCUCUCCUCUUAGGAGGAGUUGCAAAGUGUAGUCUUUGCUAAACUAAAGCAUAUACACAAGGAGCAGGACAGAAGAAAGCUUAAUAGGUGUAAGCUUUUUCAUGAUAAAUUGCUUGUAUUUUGAAACAGCACCUGUUGGGAUAGUCAUUAUCCACGCGGUUUCUGUUUAGGCAUGGUAGACUCCAGCAGCUAAUGAGAGCUCCCAUUUGCUUUCUGGAUUUGAAAGCUUUCAGUGUAAUUCUGAAUGUGACCUUAAACCUGUCCAGAAUAUCCUCAUGUUAAUUUCACUGCCAAAAGGUGGGGAGACUUAAAUUUUGUCAUAGGCGUUUCAUCUUACUAAGUUUCAAAUUAAUUAUGUAAAGAUCAAACUCUCUUUAGCUCAAUUUCUUUGAAUUAUUGUUGCCAACUUAGCAAAUAGCUUUGGGAGUUUUUCCCCCUUUACGUCCUAGUUUGUCUUAUUCAAGUACUCUGUUCUCUUGAAACUCCUUUUAGAAAACACUUCCAUAAAACUUUAUUUUGAAAGUCUGUGUAAUAGAAUCCCAGGUUUUAUUCCUGGUUUCUCGUUGUGUGUGUGUGUGUGUGUGUGUGUGUGUGUGUGUGUGUGUGUGUGUGUGUGUGCGUGCGCGCUCAGGAUAGCUUUCGUCCCACAGUGUUGGCUGUCUUUUUUAAUUUUAAUUUAGUUUUGGAAAUAGAGACUUGUAUUAGGAUUUUUACAUUUUGGGAACCCAAUUUUACCAUUUUAUCAUUAAAACAAUUUGAGAGGAUCAGAUCUAAAUAAAGACAUUUGAAGGGUUAAUUUUAAAUUUCUAGACUGGUAAUAGCUGGAUGGAUUAGUCAUCCCUUACCUAACAAAAACGUAUUUGUCAAAGGAAUCAGCUUUUAAGAUGUAUUGUCCCGAUAAAUCAGGCAAAAUGAUUCAUACAGCAGUUGAAUGAUUAGUAAUCAUGAAACAUCUUAGAAAAGUGGUUUUUUUUUAAACCUACGUCUGUACAUAUGUAGUUAAGAUUGCUUUCCAGCAUCUGACAUGGCAGAGUAGUUAGGAUUCCUACUACCAGUUUCUCAUCAGGCUGGGUAAUUGCAUAUGAAAAUGUGCACGUAAUGACCAAAAUAAAAUCAGGGUCUCAAUUGGUAGUUUACUCAGCUUCUGGGCAGAUAGUCUAAAACAGAUGUUUACCUCUACGUGCAGUAUGGCUGGUCAAAUAAAAUGAACAUCGUUCUUCCAACCAAAAGGAUUAGGAAGCAUAAUCAAGCAUUUGUUAGGCAAUAAUCAAGCUCAGGAGAUUUACAACAGUUCUGUUUGACAGUGUUGUGCUAAAAAUGGCAGUUUACUUGAGCAACCAAGGUGCAGAUGUCAGGAUUUCAGAAAACUCACCAAAUAAAUGUGAGUAGCAUCCUUUGGCCUAUCAAAUAGAGUCAAGGGUGAGGAUUGGAAGCAGUUCUUUCAGAAAUGAAUGACAUUGGUACUGUGCUGCAUGACCCCUCAUUUGUGUGUGAGCCCCUGAGUACUGCCUGUCUAGGUGCUCAGCAUGUGGCAGGUGUGUUAGCCUGGGGUCAUGCGCUGGCCCUGGAAGUGGACUCCAUGGGCCUUUGGUCCCACAGGGCUUGCUUUUGUCUAUACACUCCACACAGGUGGUAGAAAUCUUAACUUCUAAAGCACUUCGUAAAAUACAAGUGAAGUGAGAAUAUAUAGGAGGACACUGGUUUCUGCUGUCUCAAAUAUGUGGUAUUUACAAACAAUAAAUAUUUUUAAUGGUUUUAACUCAUAUUUUUGGAUUUCUUUGUCACCUUUUACAGCUUUUGAAGACCAAACUGCAAAUACAUUACCAGGGAUGGUUCUUUGUUGUCCUGUAGACUUCUUAAAUUUGACAAAAAGUUUAACACAACUUGUAACCAACAGCUUUGUCUGAACUUGAAAAUAAGUCAAAUUUAUGUUACAAGUAAGAUUCUACCUAUUGUUUUUACCUUCAGUGUGAAUUAGUACAGUAAUUCUGAAAAGGCAAAUAUGAUUAACUAACUAUUUGAAAAGCUUUAAAAGUGGCCCUUUCUGUUACAUAUGUGACACAGACUGCUCAUGAGCACGGGGCACUUCUGGUUUUGCCUCCUAUAUUCAUGUCUGAUGUUAUGGAUUCCAUAUUUAACAUACGUAAAGUGGUAUGAGCCCUCAGGACUGCACCACAGACUAAACACAACCUCUGGUGGGAAAUUUGUGUAUCUGUUUCAUUUGUGUUGGAGACAAAGUUGAUGUUGUUUGUCUCAAUAGUCAAUAUUCAUCUUAUAGUUAUAUAAUCACCUAUAUAUUGUGAACUGUGCGGUAAAACAGAAUUGUGUAUAUAUAUAAUCAUUCUUGGGAGACCUGAAAUUCCCUAGCUUAAUUACAGUGGUAAUACUCAGAAGGCUGUGCAAACAUGUGAGCGAAUAAUGGGUGGUAGACAGGAUUUGUGAAAUGGGACCUGGAGGGCUUCCCAGUAAGCCAGUCAUGAUGACCAACACUGGUUCAGUGUAGAUGAAGUAUGGAGCAUGAGGGGUAUGCGGUCAAAAUGAAGGCGAGAUAGGAGAUCAUAUUUGAAGAAAGACUUGAUUUCUUCUAAAUUAAAAUAAUUCUUUGUUUUCUCAUGCAUGUAAAUGCGUAUCAAAGACUUGAACACCUAUUCUUACAUUUGAGACUUCUGUUUUUAAUGCUGAUGUUUUCCCCCUUAAUAUUAAAUAUUUGCCUAAAUGGCUCCCAAAUUAUGGGGCAAUCUCUACAGUACAUGUUUCCGUUUUGAAAGUUUCAUUAAAAGUGGUUAAGCACACAAAGCUGUUUUUGUUUGAAUUUUGUGACUGUGAGUUUAAAUGAAACCUGUUAAAUGUUUCAGAGUUAACAUGCUUCUUUUGGUAAUUCUUUUUUGGAAUAAAGUUGUUUUCUUUUUUAA